UUUUUCCUGUUUCAGCAGGGAUAGUGAGCCUGUGGUAUUCUUGAGACGAACGAGGCUGUGCAAGAGAUCAGAGGCGGAAACAUGGCUCGCCAGCUCACCGAGGAACAGCUUGCGGAGUUCAAAGAGGCCUUCUCGCUCUUCGACAAGGACGGCGAUGGGGCCAUCACCACCAAGGAGCUGGGAACGGUCAUGAGGUCUCUGGGCCACAACCCAACCGAGGCCGAACUGCAGGCCAUGAUCAGCGAUAUCGAUGCCAAUCGCAGUGGCACCGUGGACUUCGCAGAAUUUCUGUCCCUGAUGGCGAAGAGAACGAGAGAUUCGGAUGGCGAAGAGGAAAUCCGUGAUGCCUUCCGGGUGUUCGACAAGGACGAGAGCGGUUAUAUCAGCGCGGCGGAGCUGCGGCAUGUCAUGAUCAACCUUGGGGAGAAGCUCACGGAUGAAGAGGUGGACGAGAUGAUCAGGGAGGCUGACGUGGACGUGGAUGGGAAACUGAACUACGAAGAGUUUGUACGGGUGAUGAUGGAGAAAUAGAAGACCCUCUAAGGCAUCACAUCACAGCAUCCGCGAGAAUCUCCAGGGACUUGAAGAUUCAUUUAGCUGCAACCCAAACCUGAUUGGAAUGUGAAUAUCAGAAACCAAGAACGGCCAGGCGCAAGGCAAGAUCAGCCCCUUCAUUCUGUUUUUUUUUUUUUACCUUGUGUAAUAUCUGGAGAUCCGGCCCUUGGCGAAAAGACUUGCAUUGCACCAGAACUGGCACAGCUUGCGAAGGAACAUUCUCUAUUCAGCUCUUCCCAGAAAAACUGGAAACACGCCCAAGAGAAAUAUGUGCAGCCAUUAUGGAUGAUGUGUUGGGCUUUCGGAGAAAAAAAAAUAAAUGAAUGCCUACUC